AUAUAUAAUACCGGCCACCUGCAUCCCAUUCAUCAAACUAAUCCAUUCUUUCUUCUUCGCAUCUCCUUUGCUGCCCCUUCCUUCUCUUUCGAGCCAAAGAUGGCAACACUGAAAGCUUUAAUGGCUGUUGCAGCAAUAGCAGCCAUCUUAGAGCUAGCAAUGGGCAAGAACUACGACGUCGGACCGAAUGGUCAGUGGGAUCAAACGAGCAACUAUGCAACAUGGGCUUCUUCAAUCACCUUUGUCCCUGGUGACUCGCUAACCUUCAAAUAUGGGUCGACCCACGAUGUUGUGGAGGUGACGAAGGCCAAUUAUGACUCAUGCUCAACGAGCGGUGCAAUAAGCACUCACACGGGCGGGAACACCGUCAUCUCACUGAAUUCCACAGGGAAGAGGUACUUCAUCUGUGGGACACCUGGACACUGCGCUGCAGGCAUGAAGGUCGAGAUCAACGUUGUCGCCGCCAGUUCACCUCCAACGUCUCCUGGCACCCCACCAACACUUCCUCCCCCUGGUUCUGCGGGCCCUUCAGGAUCACCUGCGCCGCCUACUCCACCCGGGGCGAGCGCACCACCCCCGGAACAAUCGGCAGCUAAUAUUCUUACAGUGCAGGCCAAGUUUGCCAUGGGUUUUGGGUUUGGCUUGCUGAUGAUUUCGGCCUUCUGAGCACGAGGAGGAGAGUUUAUUAGUGCGACAGAUUUAGAUGUCACUUAUCAGUUACAGAUGUUCUUUCGCUAUGGUUCUCUUUGGAUUGUUUGGUUCUUCCCUGCCACCUUUGGCUUUUGAUUCAUGCACUUGUAGUUCAUUUAUUCUUCGCAAUCCACCGGCUUUUAUUGGAUUUGUCGAUUUUGGUGGACAUGGUAUUAAAUAAGAUGAAGUUGUUGGUAUUUAUUUC